UUGAGUCACAUGAAUGAUUUGUUUAGGUCGUGACAGAAAUGCACCCUUUAUUAACAUCUAGCUAGCUUACAUGAGAUUGUAUUAACCUUAUAUUUUUGGUAAACUUAUCCGGUCAACAAAACGAAGCGUUACAUCAGGAAAUGGUCUCACACGGGCGAUAAAUAGGGCGAUAUCUCAUCUAAGCGGAAGCGUUUCGGGUUUCUGUGUUUACGCUAAUGAGAGCUGACGUCUAUCGCUCAUAAACGAUGCUUCGCUGGAUUCUUGGUGGUCGAGAAGCUCAGGGUUCAGUGGAGAAAAGCCCCGUGUUGUGCAUCGGAGAGGAACAGCCCAAAAACUGGUUCACUGAGCUGCAGGUGCUGAAAGGACAUUUUGACAUUGUUCGAUUUCUGGUGCAGAUUGAUGACUUCAGAUGUGCCUCAGCAGGUGAUGAUGGCCUUGUUUUGGUGUGGAAUGUGGAGACCGGGGAGAGGCUGCAGGAGCUGAGGGGCCAUUCUCAGCAAAUAACAGCCAUAACCACCUUCACUUGUAACAAUGGACUCAUAUCACACACCUAUCUCAUCACAGCCUCCUCAGACCGAAGUCUCAGUCUGUGGGACCCUGAUACAGGCAACCGGGUUCAGACCAUUUCAGAUCUGCAGUCUUCUGUAAAGUGUUUGCUGGUGCUGGAGCGGCUGUGUGUGUGGGUCUCUGGCGGGGAAGAGCUGUGUGUGUGGAACAAAGACUUUCAGCUGCAGUGUCACAGACAGAACCACAGCGACACUGGAAUAACUGCUUUGAUAGAGCUGCCUAAGAACUGCAUAGCAGCUGCUAUGGAUAAAGAGAUAGUGAUCUACAGGCUGACAGUCUCCACUGAUUCCUCCCUGUCAGUGGCUGAGAUCCGCUGUCUGUCUGACCACCAGGACAGGAUUCGAGCUCUUAUCAAUGUCAAUGACGGGCUCUUCGCCAGUGGUUCCCAUGCAGGCGAGUUGAUCUUAUGGGAUGCGAUCGAUUGGAACAUCCUGGCCUAUGAGCACAUCCUGUGGGAGGAGUCACAAGCCAGCACUCAGGCGGAAAUACGAUUGGCUGCUCCCAAACCUAGUGAGAUGUCCAUUCAGCAUCUGACCACUAAUGGAAGGCACAUCCUUGCAGCUGUGGGCAGCGGUCUGUAUGUGUACAGCCUUCUGACCAAGACAGUGGUGGCCUACAGGAAGGUUGCCCAUGACUCUAAUGUGUUACACACCAUGCUGUUGUCUGACAGUGAGCUGAUCUCCUGCUCUGAAGAUGGUAGUGUGAGGAUGUGGGAGAUCCAAGACCUGCCUUUGCCUGCUGAACCAGCCUCUGCAGGGUUCUUUGGAAUGUGGACUUUUGGCCGGUCAAACAAACAGACUGGUCCUCCGACAAAGAAGGUCAUGGACAUCCCAAACAUCAGGACGCUGGAGUUGACGGGUGAUCUGAUUGGACACUCGGGGGCAGUCCAGAUGUUUGUGAGCUUUAAGGAGAACGGUUUGGUGACCUGCUCGACAGACCACCUGCUGAUUCUGUGGAAAAAUGGAGAGAGGCAGUCCCAUCUCCGCAGCCUGGCACUUUUUCAAAAGCUGGAGGAGAAUGGAGGACUCUGACCUUUAACCCUUGAAUUACUGCCUUUAAAAAAAGCAAAGAUGUGAAGCUGUCGGGUGGUGUUGGUCUAAAAUCAUUUGGAUUUAUUGUAAUGAUUGUUGUGUGUGUUUAAUGAUGAUGUAAUGGUUGCUGUUUGCCUUUUGACUGAAAGUAUUUAACAUAAAUUUAAAAAAAACUCAAUAAAUACCUCAUCUCAAAAAAA